AUGGCUAAACGAGAAGGAGGCUCCUUCAAGUAUGCCUGGGUCUUGGAUAAACUGAAAGCUGAACGUGAACGUGGUAUCACCAUUGAUAUCUCCCCAUGGAAAUUCGAGACCAGAAAGUAUUAUGUGACCAUCACUGAUGCCCCCGGACACAGAGACUUUAUCAAAAACAGGAUUAUAGGCACAUCUCAGGCUGACUGUGCUGCCCUGAUUGUGGCUGCUGGUGUUGGUGAAUUUGAAGCUGGUAUCUCCAAGAAUGAGCAGACCCAUGAGCGUGCCCUUCUGGCUUACACACUGGGUGUAAAACAACUAAUUGUUGGUGUUAACAAGAUGGACUCCACUGAGCCACUCUACAACCAGAAGAGAUACGAGGAAAUCGUUAAGGAAGUCAGUACCUACCUUAAGAAAAUUGGCUACAACCCCGAUAGAGUAGCAUUGGUACCAAUUUCUGGUUGGAACGGUGACAACAUGCUGGAGCCAAGUGCUGACAUGCUUUGGUUCAAGGGAUGGAAAGUCACCCGUAAUGAUGGGAAUGCCAGUGGAACCACACUGCUUGAAGCUCUGGAUUGCAUCCUGCCACCAACUCGUCCAACUGACAAGCCCUUGCAUCUGCCUCUCCAGGACGUCUACAAAACUGGUGGUAUUGGUACUGUCCCUGUGGGCCGAGUGGAGACUGAUGUUCUUAAACCUGGCAUGGGGUCACCUUUGCUCCAGUCAAUGUUACAACUGAAGUAAAGUCUGUUGAAAUGC